GGGGGGUGCUGUGUGGCUGGGCACUGACCCUGUUUUCCCCCCUAGGACCCCGCCAUGGUGGUGCUGCACUACUACCAGCACCCCGGGGCGGAGGGUGUCCCUGUCUCCCUGCUGCGCUCGGCCCAGGCGGUGCUGGGGGGCGUCCGCGCCCUGCACAGGGAGUUGUGCUACAAUGUCAGCUGGACAGGUGCGUCGCCCCCCAAUCCCCAGGAGACCCAGCUGCUGCACUGGCUCUUCGGCUGCCCCUUGGCAUCCGGAGACGUUGCUACAGAGUCCUUCCUGCGCCCAGCGCCCACCGACCUGCUGGUAGAGAUCGGGCCACGGCUGAACUUCUCCACGGCGUUCUCCACCAAUGUGGUGUCCGUGUGCCGGGCCGCGGGGCUGGGCUGCGUUGACCGUGCCGAGUGCUCCCACCGCUACCUGCUGCAGUGUGCCCGACGCCCCACGCCCCCCGAGGAGGCCGCCCUGGUGGCGGUGCUCAGUGACCGGAUGACAGAGCAGCGCUACGAGGAACCAAUCCGCAGCUUCGCCGUGGCCACCCGCCCUGCCCCCACCUGGCAUGUGGAUGUGCUGGGGGGGGGCCGCACCGAGCUGGAGCGAGCCAACCAGGAGCUAGGCCUGGCCUUCGACUCCUGGGACCUGGAUUUCUAUGCUGAACUCUUCAAGAAAUUCGGGCGCAACCCGACCAGCGUGGAGUGCUUCGACCUGGCCCAGUCCAACAGCGAGCACAGCCGACACUGGUUCUUCAAAGGGCGCCUCCUGGUGGACGGGAAGGAGGUCGCGGAGUCGCUGUUUGAGUCCAUUGUGCGGACCCAGGAGAAGAGCAACCCCAACAAUGUCAUCAAGUUCUCGGACAACAGCAGUGCCAUCCAGGGCAGGGCCGUGUGUUCCCUGUGGCCCCACGACCCGUCCCGUCCCAGCCGCUUCGAGAAGAGAACAUCGACCCGGCACGUGAUCUUCACUGCAGAGACCCACAACUUCCCCACGGGGGUGGCCCCAUUCAGCGGCGCUGCAACGGGAACAGGCGGGCGGAUCCGGGACGUGCAGUGCACGGGGCGUGGGGCCCACGUCAUCGCCGGCACGGCCGGGUACAGCUUCGGAAACCUGCACAUCCCUGGCUACCCUCUGCCCUGGGAGGACCCGGCAUUGCCCUAUCCCAAGAACUACGCCCACCCCCUGCAGGUGGCCAUCCGGGCCAGCGAUGGGGCCUCUGACUACGGCAAUAAGUUUGGGGAACCUGUCCUGGCUGGGUUCGCCCGUUCCUUCGGCCAGCAGCUCCCCAAUGGGCAGCGGCGCGAAUGGAUCAAGCCCAUCAUGUUCAGCGCGGGGAUUGGCACCAUGGAGGACAUUCACGUUCACAAGGAGCCCCCCGAGCCUGGAAUGCUGGUGGUGAAAGUGGGGGGUCCCGUGUACCGGAUCGGAGUUGGGGGGAGCUCAGCCUCCUCCAUCCAGGUGCAGGGGGACAACACAAGUGAGCUGGAUUUCAGGGCGGUGCAGCGGGGGGACCCCGAGAUGGAGCAGAAGAUGAACCGGGUGCUGCGGGGCUGCGUGGAGAGAGGGAAGGCCAACCCCAUCUGCAGCCUCCAUGACCAGGGGGCCGGGGGCAACGGGAACGUGCUGAAGGAGCUGAGUGACCCAGCUGGGGCCGUGAUCUACACCAGCCGCUUCCAGCUGGGUGACCCCACGCUGAGUGUGCUGGAGAUCUGGGGGGCCGAGUACCAAGAGUCCAACGCCCUCCUGCUGCGCCCCACCGAUGCCGCGCUCCUGCAGCGCGUGGGCCGGCGCGAACGCUGCCCUGUGGACAUCGUGGGCACCAUCGCCGGGGACGGACGGAUUGUGCUAGUGGACGACCUGGAGGCCCCAGUGACGGACGUGGCACUAGCGAAGCCCAGUGGGAAGACGCCGCCGGUCGACCUGCAGCUGGAGUGGGUGUUGGGCAAGAUUCCACAAAAGGAAUUUGUCUUGUCCCACAACAGCCCAGCCCUCCACCGCCUGUGCCUGCCCCCUGGGCUGAGUGUGGGGGACGCCCUGGAGCGGGUCCUGCGGCUGCCGGCCGUGGCCAGCAAACGCUACCUGACCAAUAAGGUGGACCGGUCGGUGACGGGGCUGGUGGCCCAGCAGCAGUGUGUGGGGCCCCUACACACCCCCCUGGCUGACGUGGCUGUGGUGGCUCUGUCCCCCUUCGAGACGGUGGGAGCGGCCACGGCCCUCGGGGAGCAGCCGCUCAAGGGACUGAUCGACCCGGGCGCGGGGGCCCGACUGGCCGUGGGUGAGGCACUCACCAACCUAGUCUUUGCCCGCGUCACUGACCUGCGGGACGUGAAGUGCAGCGGGAACUGGAUGUGGGCGGCCAAGCAGGCGGGCGAGGGGGCGGCGCUGGUGGACGCCUGUAGGGCCAUGUGCGCCGUCAUGGCCCAGCUGGGGGUGGCCGUGGACGGGGGCAAGGACUCGCUCAGCAUGGCGGCCCGUGUGGGCACUGACAUCGUCAUGGCGCCGGGGACAUUGGUCGUCUCAGCCUAUGCUGUGUGUCCGGACAUCACGGCCACCGUCACACCUGACCUCAAGUGCCCCGAUGGCAAAGGGGCCCUACUGUAUGUGGAGCUGUGCCCCGAGCGGCACCGGUUGGGGGGCAGUGCCCUGGCGCAGUGCUACUCCCAGCUGGGGGAUUGCUGCCCAGACCUGGAGAACCCGGACACCCUGGCAGCCUGCUUCCGCGUCACCCAGCAAUUGCUGCAAGAGUCGGUGGUGAGUGCGGGGCAUGACGUGAGUGACGGGGGGCUGGUGACCUGCCUGCUGGAGAUGGCCUUCGCCGGGAACUGUGGGCUGCAGGCCGAGCUGGUGGCACCCGGGGCCAGCGCCCUGGAGGUGCUGUUUGCCGAGGAGCUGGGCCUGGUGCUGGAGGUGCCCAGCGCUGUGGCAGGAGACGUCUGCAGACGGUACGAGGAGGCUGGAGUGCGGUGCCUGCCCAUCGGGCACACGGGACCCCUGGGCCCCCAGUCCAUGGUGCGGCUGCGGGUAAACGAGCAGGAGGAGCUGGCGCAGCCCGUGGGUGACCUGCGCGCCCUGUGGGAGGCCACGAGUUUCCAGCUGGAGCGGCUGCAAGCGUCGCCCCACUGCGUGGAGCAGGAGGAGAGGGGGCUGGCGUGGCGCCGGGGCCCCAGCUUCACCCUGACCUUCAACCCCAAGAUUGAGCCCCCGCUGCUGGGCCAGAUGGCCCAGCCGGGCCUGCGCGUGGCCAUCCUGCGCGAGGAGGGCAGCAACGGGGACCGCGAGAUGGUGGCAGCCUUCGUCAUGGCAGGGUUCCAGGCCUGGGACGUGACCAUGCAGGACCUGUGCACAGGGGAGACGACUCUGGAGUCGUUCCGGGGCCUGGUCUUUGUGGGGGGCUUCAGCUACGCGGACGUCCUAGGGUCUGCCAAAGGCUGGGCAGCUUCGGUGACCUUCAACCCCCGGGCGCGGGCCCAGUUUGAAGCAUUUCACCGGCGCAGGGACACUUUCAGCCUGGGCGUCUGCAACGGCUGCCAGCUGAUGGCGCUGCUGGGCUGGGUGGGGGGCGAGAGCCCCACGAGCGACCCCCCAGGUGGGGCCGUCCGUCCCGGGGUGCUGCUGGCCCCCAACGAUUCGGGCCGGUUCGAGUCGCGUUUCGUGGCGCUGGCCAUCGAGCAGAGCCCGGCAGUGAUGCUUCAGGGCAUGGCUGGCUCCACCCUGGGAAUCUGGGUGGCGCAUGGAGAAGGUCGGAUGCGGUUCCGCUCACCCAAGGUGCUGGCUGCAGUGACGUCGGGGGGCUUGGCCCCGCUGCGCUACGUGGAUGACCAGGGCCAACCCACCCAGGAGUACCCCCUGAACCCCAACGGCUCCCCGCUGGGCAUCGCCGGGCUCUGCUCGCCCGACGGGCGCCAUUUGGCCAUGAUGCCCCACCCCGAGCGCUGCGUCCUGCCCUGGCAGUGGGCCUGGAUGCCGCCCGACUGGCGCCGCACCAUGGAGGUCUCGCCCUGGCUGCGCAUGUUCCAGAACGCCUGCGAGUGGUGCCUGCGCCACCCUGAGGGGGAGUCCUGACUGAGGAGCCCGGUCGCCAGCCGGUCUCGUAUGCAAAGGUUUGUCCCCGGGCCGGGGCCGGCACAAAACCUGCCCGGGUUUUAUCCGGUGUCGGCUUGGGGAGGCGGGGCUAUUUCAGGAGCACAUCGCCCCACCCCCUCUGCCAUGACCUCAUACGCACCGGGCAUAUGAGGUCAUGCUAGUGGGGGCUGGACGGUGCGCUCUUAAAAAUGCGCCCUCCUGCAGUGUGACCUUCUGGGCACUGGGCAUGUGGGGUGAGGUCAUGCUGGAGGGGGCGGGGUUUGUGUGAGCGAGGUUGAAUGGGGGCGGGGUCACAUGAGAGGGGGCAGGUCCACUCUUCCCAGAAGGUCCUUAGCUCUGACCCCUACAGGGCCAGCCACCCCCAGCCUGGAGACCUGUCAGCAGUUCCCCUUACUGGCCUCUGGGGACAGACUUGAGGAGGAACAAAAGCGGGGGGGUGAGGGGUUCAGUGGGGGAAUUGAGCUGGGGGCCAGGACAGGUCCAGGAGGAGGUUGGUGGGGUUUAGUGGUGGCCCCUGAGAGGGGUGAGGUGGGAGUGGCUGUCUAAGCAGCCCCUGCUUGCUGGUUAAUGGGUCUGGGGCCUGGAGCCCAGAGGAGAGGGUGGGCCUGCACUCCCCACCAGAGCCGGGGAACAGGGUGUAGAACCCCCAUGAAGGGGCCAUGGAUGUCUGAAAGGCCUGGGGGAGACUGGGAGGUGAGGAAGAGAGUGAAUCAGAGGGGACAGCUGAUGGGGCAGAGUUGCAGGGGGCCAGUGGAGGAUAGCUAAUGCCAUUGCUGUAUAUCGAGGCUUCUCAGACUGGGGGUCGCGAGGUCAUUACAUGGGCAGUUGAGAGCUCUUAACCUCCACCCCAAACCCCACUUGCCUCCAGCAUUUAUAUUGGUGUUAAAUUAUGAAAAACUGUUUAAUUUAUUGGGGGGGCACUCCGAGGCUUGCUGUGUGAACAGGGUCGCCAGAAAAAACGUUUGAGUCCCACUGCUGUAGAUGGUGGUUCAUUCCUCACCGUGACAAUUCAGGCAGCCCCUUUUGCUGUCACUAGCACAUCAGUGGUGUGUGUGUGUGGGGUGGGGUGUCACGUCUUCCCUGGGGCACCGGGGUAUUUACACGGCUGGCAGAUCCUUUCUUUCCCCACCCUGGAAUGAACUCCGCCAACCUCCCUUCCCAGCCUUUCAUGAGCUAGCAGCGGCAUACAGAGGGGAGCACACCCCGGCUCGGACAAGAGACCGGAGAUGCUGCUGCUCGUCAAUUUGUGGAAAG